AUGCCAAAAAUUCAACGCUCAUCAUAUUCUGCUGCUGAAAAGCUUAAAGUUUUGCAAUAUGCAGAACUUUAUGGUAUAAGAGUAGCUGCUCGUCAUUUUAAUAUUGAUCAUUCAAUGAUUUCUCGUUGGGGAAAAAUAGAAGAAAAACUCAAGUUAGCUAAAGGGAAAAAUCGGCGUAUUGGUUCAGGAAGAAAGGAAAAAUAUCCCGAAGCUGAAGCUAGUUUAAAAACGUGGCUUAUAGAAUUUCGAAAAGAUGAAGACGAUUUAUUUGGACAAAUGGAGGAGGAAAUUGAUGAAAAUGAAAGGGAAAUUGUAGAUAUAGAUAGUGAUUCAGCUGAUAAAUUAGAAGAGGAAGAAUUAGAAUAA